AAUAAUGAAGUCGAUGUUACCACGCGUAUACAUACAGGCAUAUCUCGAACAUACCUAUCCUACAGUAAUUGGGAUUAAUCAAUUAACCAUUGACAAUGCUUGUGUAUACGAGAGGAUUCUUUAUAUGUGUGUGCAUGCACGUUGGGGUGACCUUCAUUGGUCUUCACAAGUUUAAUUUGGAUGUAUGGGGCAGUGAAUUCCAGUGAAUUGAUAAUACCUUGAGAUCCAGCAGGUGAUGAGAUGACGACAUGACGAUGAUAUCGGGUUCUCAUAGCUUAAGUUAAUGUAAUAAAAUACUCCAGCAUAGUAUUAAAUUGAUUUUAGUACAAUCAAUCAGUGCUCUUACGCUAAAAAUUUUAAAGCUAAAUUUUCAUAAAAUUAGGAUGGGGUUUAUUAUUUUCAUAGUGAAGACUUUGUUAAAAGUCACGCUAGCAAUUGCAGUGUUCGUUGCUGCACUUUUAAUAACUCCAGGACUUCCUCCUAAUCUCAAAUUUGAAUCAUUCACACUGACUCCAGCGAAACUGAUGUCACCGACCAACAGUAUCCUUGACAAAGCAGAACCCUUGAAGCUUAACAGGGAGAUUAUUGGACCAGAGUCGAUCGCCUCGCGUGGAGACGACCUGUUCACCGGUCUAAUAUAUGGUGACAUCAUUAAAAUUAAUAAAGAUGGCAAGGUGACCACCGUAGCAAAAACUGGAAAGGAAUGUCAAGGUCAUCAUUGGGAUACAAAAUGUGGACGACCUUUAGGAAUGAGAUUUCAUCGAGGCAAGUUGGUCGUUGCUGAUGGAGCGCUUGGCAUACUCCGUGUUGACGUUGACACUGGAUCAAUCGAAACUUUGACGCCAACUGGCGAAAUAGUUGACGGGAAAGAAAUGAGUUUUCCGGAUGAUUUAGAUGUAGACACGAAUGGAAAUAUUUACUAUUCGGAUGCCUCGACGAAUGGAAAUAUGCGAUCUGCUACACUAGAACUUUUUGGCGAACCGUCUGGUCGCCUUUUGAAAUAUAAUGCAAAGACCAAAAAGACUGAAGCCUUGCUCAAUGGUCUCCAUUUUCCAAACGGCAUCCAAUUAUCACAAAAUGAAGACUUUGUUUUGGUAGCGGAGUUCAUGAGAGCUCGUAUCAUAAGAUAUUUUCUAAAGGGAGCGAGGAAAGGCGAACAUGAAGUAUUUGUAGAUGGUCUUCCCGGACUUCCUGAUAACAUAAGACCCAACGGGCGUGGUGGCUAUUACAUAGGCCUCUUCAUGCCUCGCUACCCUUACGCAAAGGCAGGAGAAAAUUUGGUCGAUGUUUUAAGCGAUAAACCCUUACUUAGGAAACUAAUAGUGAGGAUACAAUAUUUAUUCCUGUCAUUAAUAAAUACAAUCGAAGUAUUUACGGGCCCGGAUGUCCUGAUUGACCAAGUCCGAUCAACCGUACAACUUCUCGGAUCGAACCCAGAAAAUAUGGAAGUGCCAAAAAAAUCCAUUGUUACAGAAAUUGAUGGAAAUGGAAAAAUUAUUAAGCAUCUUGAAAAUAAAAUUGGAGGGGCUAUUGCCAUUAGCGAAGUGCAUGUAGGACCUACAUUCACUUAUUUUGGAACAGCAGUAAAGAAAACUAUUUGGAAAAUUAAGACAAAAGAUUUGCAAUAAAUCUAUAUUUGUAAUAUAGCUUUGCAUAUUUAAAAUAAAAACAUCCUAAUAGAAACAGUAAAACCAACCAAA